AUGUGUGCCUGGUACCCGCAUGAUGACCGCAACCGCGGUCGCGGUGAUGACGCCUGGAGAAGACAAUACGGUGAGCACGAAAGAGACUACUACCACCAUGAUGGCCCUCGUGAAUCACGCGGACGACGUUAUGACGACCGGAAUUCAGGGUACGACUACGGCCAUCGUGGCUACGACUACCAUGAUAGAGACCAAGGGCGCGAUGGCUAUGACAGACGCUACGAAGAUGGAGGACACAGUGGCUGGAGUCGUGACAGGGGUUAUGGUGAUGGAGACCGCGGUUAUGACCGUUAUGGCCGUGAUUACGAUGAUCGCCCUCGGGGCGGUGACGGACCUGAGGGUGACUACGAUCGCAGGUACCCAGGUUACCGGAACAGAGACCGAGACGAUUACUCCGGAUACUCACGUGAAGCCAAUCGUCACGGUGGAAACUCAUCGGAGCCCGUAUAUGAUGCCGCGGGAACUCAUAGCUCUGCUUCGAAAAGUUCUAGGAGGUACAGUUCAGAGGAGGAUCGGAGCGUGCCCCAACGCGAUACGGCAUCUAGUCGCCAGCAUGAAUUGGGUAAUGAUCGGGAAACUUCACGGGAUGCUGGCAGGGACAACGACCGUACGCUGAGCCGGGAUCAUGAACAGCGCCGUGAUAAACAUGAGUUUCGUGGUGCUGACAAUUCGCAAACACGCACUGCUCAUCAUUCCAGUAACUCCAGCGGGGAACAGCGCUCGAGCGAUAGUAGUCGUGAACAAGUGUCACGAUGGGGCAAUGCUAUGAAUAGUUUGGAUUCUGGGCGUGGUUCGUAUGUCGACAGCCGAGAGCGGGUAAUACAUCAAUCCACAGGUAACCAGGCCGAUGGCAGUGAGGGAAACCAUGGGGAAGCAUCUAACAGUGAAGAUAUAGAUAACAGGCAAUCGAAUCCUGAUGCAACAGAAAAGGAGCCCUGGUACAAGCGUCACCAAGGAUUCGGGUCCCGUAGGAACAGGGAUGACUCCAGGGAUGGACACAGCACGCAUGGAUAUGACCGUCCUCGCCGUAGCUACGGUGAUUCGAAGAGCGACGAUAACAGCGCAACUAUUCUGGUGCGUAAACUGCCGCCCACCAUCUCCGCGGAGGACGUGGAGUCUGCAGUGUCGGAUCUAUGCAUCCAGAACGGGACCUCCGCUCCAAAUGCAGUGACCCUGAAGUCCUGUCAUAGCGGUUACGGUGGCAUGAAUGACAUGUACAACGGUCCCGAUUUGCAGCACCAGGUCAACCCCGACGGAUAUGGUUUCGGCGCUUCCACCGAACAUUUCGCUGUCGUCACCUUCCCGUCGCCAGCCAACGCUGCGAGGUUCAUGGAGUGCGUCAGUAGCCGCAAGCUCGAACUGAAUGGUGCCGAGUAUUACGUGGAAUACGACACCUUGGACGUCAAUGCUGAGAAGCCCGUCAGCGAGGUGCCGAGGGCCUACGCAAAUUUUCAGGAGCUAGAGCAGAUGAUGAAACGCAAGACAGUCUCAUGCGACUGGAUAUGUGCGGACUGCCGAUUUGUUAAUUUCGCUCGGCGGUCUGCAUGCCUCACCUGUGAUAAACCUAAGCCUUCCGACGAGCAACUGCAGAAGAUGAACCUGCUAGUGGAUAAUGCAGUCAGUGUGCAGUCACAACCUAUCCUUUCGAACGUCACGGAUGUGUCGUCCUGGGUGGUGUUGAAAGGCAUACCCAUGGCGGCAGACCCGUCGAAGCUGGUGUUGCUGGUAUGUGGCAGCGUUCCGGAAGGCGCUGCGCAUCUGCAGAAAUGCGUAUACGUGAUAGACCCGCAACCGCAAAGCCGGAGGGGAUUCAUGUUCUGUCAGUUUUCGUCAGUGACACCUGUCAACGCAUUUAAUGAGGCCAUGGGUGACAAGCUGUCGACCCUUUUGCAGUUCCAGGAUGUAUACCUGCGGUUAGAUGUAGUCCGUUCCCGCGAGAAGCAGGUGGCAGAUGAGCUGCUCAAAGGGGCGCGUAUGAACACUUUGCGCGUCAAUUAUGAGUACCACAGUGAGACGUUUACCGCAUCUGCGAUGUCCGAUGACCCCGGAGCAAGGCAGAUGGGCAACAAGGAGUACCGCUCCUGCAAGGUUAGGACCACCAAUGUGGGAGCUUUGGAGCAGCUGUGUCAAUCGGUGAACGCUCCAUCCGGUGCCAAGCAAUACCUGGAUGCGUGGAUGUGCAAGGCGAUUUGGGUGACAGGCGGCAAGCCCGACACCACUAAAAUGACCUACGAUCCGAACUCGGAUUACUUUUACGACCACCGACUUGGCGUAUACUAUGACGCGGCCAGCGGUUACUACUUCACUGUAGGUGGGGAAUACUAUAGAUGGGACGAAGCGACCAGCUCGCUCAUUGUUACUGCUCAUCCUGGGUCACAAGUCGACCAAGGACAGCAGGACCAAACGCAAGGCCAUGUGGCGGGGCUGCUGCAGGCGGCUUUGAAGGCAGCGCAGAUGACCAAUCAGAUCGCCCAAAAGAAGACACAAAAGCCGUCGGACAAUAUACUGCAAGACACGGUGGAGAAGAAUCCUCCACCGGGUAUGCAGGAGGUGAAUCAGACGCACCCGAAACCAGAAGAACCCAGUGGCAUGACAAAUUCUGCCGCACGGCCUGUAUUGGUACUUCAGCCGCCGUCAGAGGUUGCUAAGACCUUUGAUCUUGGUGACCACUCCGACGAUGAGUGCGACAUGGAAGUAGACAGCCUAGCCAACCCACCGGCAACCGAGAAGGCAGCGGAGGGAAUUGGGACUAUUAAGAAGUGGACGCCAGUGGUUAAACCGCUUUCCGUAUGCUUGGUCUGUCUGCGUAUGUUCCGGGAUCAGGCACAGCUUGAUCUCCAUGAGCGCAGGUCGCAGUACCACCAGGCACUGCUCGAGUGCGGGGAUUCCGCGUCGUAA